AUGCUAAACUACUCUUUUAUCUAUAAGAACGAAUCAAAACCGGACAACAUUGGAAAUAUGAACAACAGUUCUAACUUUGAAACUAUUGUUGUCAUAAAUUGUAUUCUCAAUGCUCCACUGAUGCUAACAUCCAUCACUGGUAAUGCUUUGGUAUUGGCCACUAUCUUGAGAACUCCUUCGCUUCGUUCAGUACCAUCUACAAUUUUUUUAUGCAGUCUUGCUAUUACAGAUUUUCUUGUUGGGCUUGUUGUUCAACCUGUUUACAUUGCCAAUGAACUUCAAUAUUCAGCUGGUGGGCCUCUUUAUAAAGUCGAAGACUUUAUAUCUGUUUCACUUUGUGGUGUUUCCCUAUCAACAAUGACAGCCAUAAGCGUGGAUCGAUUUUUAGCCCUCCACUAUCAUGUGACGUAUCCGAAUUUGAUGACCACAAAACGUGCAAUGAAUGCUUCAGCAAGUCUCUGGUUUGUUUCCAUACUUUUUUCAUGCCUUAGGGUUUGGAUAGGAGGCUUUUUUUCCCUUAUUACAGGAGUUUUUAUUGCAGUUUCUUUUGUCAUUUCGUGCGCUUCUUACAUCAAAAUUUACAUCAUUGUUCGUCAUCAUCAGAUCCAGAUUCACACUCAACAACAAGCUGUGAUGAACAGUUUUAAUAUUACAGAUGGUAAUAACCUUAUAAUAUCAAAGAAACGUGCUUUAAAAACUUUUAUUUACUUCAUUUGCAUGAUAUUUUGUUAUCUACCAUAUCUAUUUUAUUCAUUGCUUAGUAACACCUCAGUUAUAGCUUUUGACAGAAAUUGGUCGAACUUGGUAAUUAAUGUUGUGUUCUUGAACUCGUCCGUAAAUCCAUUUUUGUAUUGUUGGUGUAAUCAUGAAAUCCGCACGUCGGUUGUAAAGAUAAUACGAAAGAUGAUGUGUAGACAAACAGAGGAAGCUGACUAGGUAGUGGAGUUGCAUUAAGGUUCAUUGUGAAAAAUUUUGCCCCAUGUAAAGGUUUCCAAGACGGUCUUGGAUUCUGGAUUCCAAAGCCGUGGAUUCCGGAUUCCAGGUAUGGUGCGAAAAAUGAUGUGUAGACAAACGAAGGAAGCUAGCAAGCUUGAGAGUUAAAAUUGUAUUUGUAAAGAGCGGAAUAUAAUUGUUGUGAAGUAUUUUGAAGGUUAUUUUAAGUUAAUUUCGUGUUUGUGCUUGACGUUUCACUCGUGAGUAGAGUCCUGUUAUGACCAGUUUAUAGAUCAAGGUUAAUCCGUAUUUGUGUCGACAGGUUUUCAAAUUCAAUUCAAAAUGGGCGUUGAAUUCACUUAUAUUUCAGCAAGUCUGUUUUUUUACAGUCUUGCCUUAGAAAUGAACUCAUUACACCCGUCUGCCGAACCACUGUAUUUUUUUUGCUUCCGUGUCUUAUCAAGGGUUCAUACAGCAAAUUGCAAUCAUUUUUAAGGACUUUUCGAGGAUCUCAUUUGAUUUUCAUUCACUACCUACCAGGAAUGUACAUUACAGAUUUGUACAUAUAUACAUGUUGUAGUUAAUUUAUCAUCUGAGGUAAUUUUUGUUUUUCUUUUGUUUUGGGGUAUGGUAAUGUAUGCACAUGAAUUUGAAACAAAGAAAAAUAAAAAUUACCUGAGAUAAAAAAUUAACCACAACAUACACAUUCCCUGUCCAAGCUAACGCUCAAGCAGAUUAAGGCCUGGGUCAGUAAGUCAUACAUGGUUCUUAUGCACACUUUCCAAAACCGUCGUUAAAGACAUGCGCAAGAAAUUAUAGAUAGUAAAGUUAAUUACACAAAACAAAAAUUGGAAAACAAAUCCAAAAUAAUAGGUCACGUGAUUGACCACGCCCUCUAUUGUUUAAAAGUUGUAACCAACGAUUCCCACCACUUGCCAAACGUGUAGCUCCAGUUUCACUGUAUCAAAACAUUGACCCUAUAAAGUGUUUACGAAAUCAGCACGGAGUGGUUCAAAGCGUUACAAUGGCCAAAUUUAUACUAGAGACGAGUUAUCCGUCAGAUUGAUAAUUCGUCUAAGUAUAAAUCCGAAGACGAAUUUUGACGAACAAUUUGUCUAGAUUUUUAUUUAUUUAUCCCAGGAAACAUUGCGAAAAUUAAUAUAGAAACCAGCUUCUCCCAUGUGGAGACUUCGUCAAAAAACCGUCCACCUUUCGUCCAGAUAUGAAUUUAGAGACGGAUAAUCCGUCUAAGACGAAUUAUCCGUCUGUUAGCACCUGUUCAAGACGUGCUAACAGACGAAUCAGCCUCAGACGAAUUUUUCUUCAUAAUUCGUCUUAGCACCGAAUUUAUACUAGAGACGAAUUAUCUGUCUGGAAGGAUAAUUCGUCCCUAGUGGCCGGCGUAAUUGGUGUUUAUUGACUAGUCACGAGUCAGUCCUCCUCUAACUAAAAUUUUAGUCAGCAGAAAGAGGUUCGUUGACAUGGUCUCAUUCCGAACGUUUUUAGAAGAAGACUAUUUGUAGCCACUGUUUGGACCUACAAAUGGAAAACCGUUUGCUCUUUAUGUUCUUUAAGUUUUCAUCUUUAGUUUGGGGGUGGGAAGGAUGGGUUGAUGUUAAGAAUACUUGAAACAGCGUCUGCAUAAUAAUUUUAACCGUCUUUUGAGCAACUCGAUCAUUUUCACAAGUAUAGUUUUGCUCUUAGCCUAGUUUUGAAAGUGAGAGUUUUCGGAACUCGGAAAUGUACUGCACCGCAAAUGAUCCCCGACCGCAAAUGAUCCCCAUUGUCGACUGCAAGUGAUCACCAUUGUCGACGGCAAAUGAUCCCGUUAAAAGUAGAGGAAUGGAAUGGAUUUUAGGCAUGGAUGGUGAAUGGCGCUGAGAACUGGAACAACGCGUAAAACAAUGGAAUAAAUUAAAAAGAUAAUUAUCAACCAACAACAGCAACCACAGCAUGUGAAAAUGUCACACGAUCAAGCAAAGUAGCUAAAUCAAAACAAAUGGAAAUGCUAAAUUUAACAAAUUGAACUUCUUGUGAUAGAGCUGGUUUCAUCUCUCAUCUCAGCAUGAAUUCGAAUAAAUUUAAAAUGAAUUAGUGAAUUCAGCAUGAAAAGUUUUCUAGCAUUUCCCAAGUCUACUUAAUACUUAAAAUACUUUUAAUAGAUGAGGAAGUGUAAAUUUAAUAUUUCAAUAUUAACCUUGAAUAAUACAAAAAAAAGCCGUGAGUUUCAAGAUUUCAUUUUGAGCCCCCUUCCUUUCGUGGAUAGUCUUUUUGUAUGUUACCACCUGAGAGAUAAAUGUUUCUUGAUGCACUGUGUAAGUUUUUGCAUACUAUUUUGACAUGGUUGGUACACUGAUAACUGCGAGGCAAUUAAAACGUUUGCAGACUGAUUACAGCUCAUCUAAAUUUUACUUAUUGAAAACAGAGUUCGGAUGAAUCCAACAGCUCGACCAACAGCUCUUCUACAGUUUAACGAAAACCGAGUCGACCGUUUGGCGGCCGACAGAAUUUUUUGGUGGAUAGUCGGCCGACAGAAUUUUUGGGGAGUUGUUCUUCAAUUUUGCCGACUUGACAAUCAUCAUCUUAACAGUAUCAUGCAGCACUAUCUAUGGAUGAUAUGAUCGUAAAACCGGCAUAUCUGCCCUAGGAUUGUCUGGGAGAAUUCACAAAGAUCCUCGAUUGAAUAUUGCGUUCGCAAAAAGCUCGCCUACAGCUGUAAGCCUCUGAUCAAAAAAUCCAGAAUGCCACAUUGCAGUUUGACCUGGAUCAAGGGCACUCAACGAGAAUGUAUUUCAAAAACACUUAAACAGCAUCGUGAACGUAUUUUAGUAUUUAACCGUUAGAUAUAGGCAUAUUUUUAUCCCCUAAAAAUUUUUCAUCUUUUCCGAUUUCCUAGCUGAAAGUCGAGAGAUCCGAAAACUUAUAGUAAUCAAAACUUACCUUUUCGAACAUUUCAGCCAGAAAAAAGAAAAUUCUAGGUGACCUUUUGAGGGUAAAAAAUCUGUUAAAAAUGGGCAAUGCAGGCAAGAAAUUUUACAGCAAAUGUUCCGCAAAUUCUAGAUCUCAAAUCGUUUUCCGAACAGAUGUUUUCCUAAAAUUUACGGUGGGUGCCCUCGCUGGAUUGACUGUAAAAUAGAAACAUAUAAAAUCAUAACCUGACAUCUGACUGCACAGAGACCCACAAAGGAAUCCAACCUACUUUAUUUUUAACAAAAAAACGAAAAACCAGAUGCUAAAAAAUACAAAAACCGGAAACCGCAACGACAACAAAACCGAAAAAGCGACUUAAAAAAUGGCUAAAAUAAGCCGUAAUUCCCAACGCCCCCUCCCGGGUCUUCAAAGAGUCAAACACUGCAAGCGCCAAUUACCCAAUAAGAACAAAUAACGAGUUAAAAGCUGCAAAGUCACCGCGUCUUUCUAAAAAGAAAUCGAAGAUGCCAAACUACUCUUUUUUUAAUAAGAACGAAUCAAACUCCGAUAACACGAAAAGAAUGGGCAACAUUUCUAACUUUGAAACUAUUGUUGUCAUAAAUUGUAUCCUCAAUGUUCCAUUGAUGCUCACAUCCAUCACUGGUAAUGCUUUGGUGUUGGUCGCCAUAUUGAGAACUCCUUCGCUUCGUUCAGUACCGUCUACUAUCUUCCUGUGCAGUCUCGCUAGUACAGAUUUUCUUGUUGGGCUUGUGGGUCAACCUUUUUACAUUGCUAGUGAACUAUACCAUUCAACUGAUGUGCCUCUUUCCAAAGUCGAAACCUUGAUAUCUGUUUCACUUUGUGGUGUUUCACUAGCAACAAUGACAGCCAUAAGCGUGGAUCGAUUUUUAGCUCUCCACUAUCAUGUGACGUAUGCGAAUUUGAUGACCACAAAACGUGCAAUGACUACUUCAGCAAGUCUCUGGUUUGUUUCCAUACUUUUAUCAUGCCUUAGAGUUUGGAUAAGAGGCGUUUUUUUCCUUAUUACAGGAGUUUUUAUUGCAGUUUCUUUUGUCAUUUCGUGCGCUUCAUACAUCAAAAUUUAUUUCAUUGUUCGUCAUCAUCAGAUCCAGAUUCACGCUCAACAACAAGCUGUGAACAGUUUUAAUAUUCCAGAUAGUAAUGACAUGAUACUAUCCAAAAAAAGUGCUGUAAAGACUUUUAUAUAUUACAUCUGCAUGAUAGUUUGUUAUUUACCGUAUCUAUCUUAUAUAUUGCUAAGUACCACCUCAGUUAAAGCUUUUGGCAGGAAUUGGUCCUUUGUAUAUACUGUUGUGUUCUUGAACUCGUCGGUAAAUCCAUUUUUGUACUGUUGGUGUAAUCGUGAAAUCCGAUCGUCAGUUGUAAAGAUAGUCCGAAAAAUGAUGUGUAGACAAACGGGGAAAGCUAGCUAGCUUGAGCGGGGUCAAAAUUGUAUUUGUAAAGAGCGGAAUAUAAUACUCACAGAUCUUUACCACGCUAUAAACACUUCCCUGAACUAUUACCUAAACUUUACAGAGAAAAAUGGCUUGACAUUUACGAACAGUUCUGUUCACCUAACGGGAUUUCGUCCGGAAACGCAAAACUUCGUUACCGCGAAGACUUGUAUGUAUGUUGAGCGAGAUACCGCACUUUACAUAAUUUGUCAAAACCUUAUUACACAGCGAAGCCUUCAAUCAGUAUACAUUGCUAUUGAUUUUUUCCUCGUCUACGCAGUCGAAAGUUCUCUAUCUGCUGAAAUUUAGAAAAUACUUUUUUUCUGGCUGAAAUUUCGAAAAGGUAAGUUUUGAUCCCUAUAAUUUUCGGAUCACUAGACUUCCCGCUAGGAAAUCCAAACAGGUGAAAAAUAUUUAGGGGAUAAAAAUAUGUUUAUAUAUACCGUUUAAAUACUAAAAUACGUAUAACAAUGCUAUGUUUAAGUGGUUUUGAACUAUAUUCUCGUUGAGUGCCACUGACUGAGGAGUCUUUCUUUUGUAAAAUGCGUAAAAUAACUUUUCUCUACCACCCUAAUAAUUUAUCACUAUUGUUUUUUUUUUAAUUUGUUUUUUUCUUUUUUUUGGAAAGCGCCUCUAAACUUAUAUCAUACUAGCGCAUUUAUUAAAGAGAGUUGGUUAAAGCAAGGAUUGUGACGUCAUGUGGUUUGAUUAAGCCGCCAUUUAUACGCAUUAUUGGCUUCACGUUCCUAUUAAGCGAAAGUCUACUUCAGUUUGCAAGAUUAUUGCAAAUAGGGGCGGGAAGGAGGAUUUGAGGUUAAGAAUUUAUUUUGAAAAACAGCGUGUGCUCAGCGCCAGGUGAUGAUCUAUUUUCAUAUCACUAGCAAGUUAAAUAUUCAUUUUCGAAAUCCCUAAUUACUAUUCAUCAACGCUUAAACGAGUGCUGUUCUGCUUAUUAAACAGAGAAAGGCAAAAACUUACCAGGAAAAUUGCCCUGUGUGAUGCAAAUAUAUAUUAAGUGCUAUUAUAAGAUAACAACUGAACCAAUAAACGUCUUUCACCUGCCAUUUUUAUUACCUAACGCUGAGAUCAAUGGCAAAUUUUAAGUUACCAUAAACUGGAUAUUUUUUUGUUACUAUUUGCUCAAACUUGCUCACCAGCUCUCGUUUUAAAACGUCUACACUGUUUUGAGCUUUCCGGAACAAAUCUUAAAAUAUUUUUUUCAGAUUCUUUUUUCAACUGCUAACGGUAAAUUCAUAACUAUAACGGUCUUAAUAUUUUUUAUCGCCCUCCAUCCAAAUAUCCCGGGGGGAAUAAAGGGAGUUUUCGUUAAUGUGGAGGAGCGGAGAUCCAACCUUUGUUGAAUUGUGUUUGACAAAUCCAAUAAUUUUCACCCUUCCUCGCAGUUACAAAUUAGGGAGCUUAAGAUGAUAUUACACGGGACAAUUAGCAAAGACGAUUUUUAGCGCAACACAGCGUUGCAAUGUUGGAACAAUGUUGUAACUAUUCGAAACAAUGUCGCAACAAUUUUGCAACGCUGUGUUGCGGUAAAAAUCUUCGUUGCUAAUUGUUUCGUGUAACAUCACCUUUAAACCAACGAUGUUUUUUAAGCGACGCACGUCAACAAGAAAUGAGGCCUUAUAGUACGUCUUAACGCUAGCAAAUUUAUAUUGCUAUAUAAUGUCUCAUAAACAGACGAUUUGCCCGAACAUCUGCGUAAAACCAGUGCCCAAAAAUGUAAUAAGUCCACUUCUGGUUGACGCGCGUCGGUCAAAAACGCCUUUGCUAAAGCUUGCUAUUAUCAUUUAUCCUUACGUGUCACAAGUACAUAGACCCUUAUCGUCGUGAUAUGUGAAGAAGUCGUAAAAUUAUAAAUCUUAAACUAUAAUCGUAGAAUUCCGAAUUUUAACAAAGUCAGUUAAGUGCAUUUACCAAAAGAGGAAGAAAGGUCGGUAGGGGGGGUAGGGGGACACCGGAAUCUUUGUCUUGAUAGACCCUAAAUACGCCGCAUGUCCGGACUGAAAUAAUUACACUUGCAUACUUCCUGGGCUGACGAAUGUCAUUAACACCCAGUAGGUUGUUCGCGUUGGUAAAUUUCUAGAGCUUGCAGCGUUUGAUUAGUUUCCUUGUACCUUCCGUCUGAGAAUGGCAAGGUAUGUAUGUACGACGUAUCCAUAAAUAAUGUCAGUUUCCAGUGCUGUUAUUAAGUUCGGUUUAGGUCUAAAUGGGACUGAAAACGUUUCUAAGUUUCUGUUGCAAAAGAUCAAGCCAAUUUGGAAACAAGUCAAAAGGUUGAAAGACCGUGCAUAUUUAAUAUAUUUACUAAACGGCAUAAUUCCAUUCGAUUUGAUCUUUGAUACUUUCUCACAGUAUCAGUCAAAACGUUAUGAACGAUAAUUUUCGCUAGGGAACUUUUUGUUACACACUUCCUAUUUCUUUCUUAACUUAAUGAUUAGAAAAAGACAACAAAUAUUUCUUGCCCGUCGGGCCUGAAAUGCGAUAAAAAAGUCACUUUUGAAGCUUUCAAACUUAGGUGACAGCAUGUCGAUGUUUACACAGGAUAGGAUGGAUUUUAGACAUCAGUUUCAGCCUAUACUGGCAUCAGACGAGUCAUGCAGAGAACAGUUUUUGAAUAACUAAUCAUAAAUACCGCCGAAAAUAAGCCCCGGGGCUUACAUUUUUGAAAGGUCCUUUUUCAGAGGCUUAUUUUUGGAGGGGCUUAUAUUCGAAGGGGAUUAUCUACGGCAGGAAAUUUACGUUUGAAAAUCGAUUGUGCUAGCCUUAUAGUUGGAAGUAAAUUUACCGUUUUUGCUUUGUUUUCCUAUGUAUUUGAGGGCAAUUUUCCGAGCACAAACCCCCGGGGGCUUAUAUUUGGAGGGGCGAUUUAAGGGAGGGCUUUUUGCGUUACCGGUUUGCGGGGCUUAUUUUUGGAGGGGCUUAUACAUGGAGGGGCUUAUUUUCGAAAUUUUAUGGUAUGCGACUUUUGAGUGUUUUAUGGAAUAGUCUACGGAAUGAUGGCUUUCUGAAAGUAAGAGAGAUUUCAUUUGACGUCCUGUUUUGUAUCUUUAGUAUUUUCUUCAUAAAAAGGGGGUAUUUUUGACUUAAAUACGGACACUUUUACCCCCCCCCCCCCGCCCAUUGGUCUAAAUUUUACUUAUGGAAAACAGAGUUCAGCCUUCGUGAUGAAUUCAUUAAUAAAGACUUUUUAAAGAGUCAAACAGGUGCCAGUUACACAAUUAGAACAAAGCAACGAAUUAAAAGCUGCAAAGUCACCGCUUCUAAGUUUGUAAAAGAAACGCCACGAGCAACAACAAAAGCCAAAAAAAAGAAAGAAAUCGAGGAUGUUAAACUACUCCUUUGUCGAUAACAAUGAAUCAAAAUCUGACAACUUGAAAAUGGACGACAGUUCUAGCUUGGAAACUGUUGUCGUCAUAAAUUGCAUCCUCAAUGCUCCACUGAUGCUGACAUCCAUCACUGGUAAUGCUUUGGUGUUGGCCGCCAUCUUGAGAACUCCUUCGCUUCGUUCAGUACCGUCUACUAUCUUCCUAUGCAGUCUCGCUAGUACAGAUUUUCUUGUUGGGCUUGUUGUCCAACCUGUUUACAUUGCCAUAGAACUUCGCCAUUUAACUGGUGAGUUUAUUUUCAAAGCCAUAGUCUCGAUGUCUACUUGUCUCUGUGGUGUUUCCCUGGCAACAAUCACAGCCAUAAGCGUAGAUCGACUUUUAGCUCUUCACUAUCACAUGACGUAUCCGAAUUUAAUGACAACAAAACGUGCAUUAUAUGCCUCAGCAAGUCUCUGGUUUGUUUCCAUACUUUUACCAUGCCUUACAGUUUGGAAAUGGAGAGUUUUUAAUCUUUUUGUAGGAGUGUAUAUUACAAUUUGUUUUGUCCUUUCGUCCGCUUCUUACAUCAAAAUUUAUUUCAUUGUUCGUCACCAUCAGAUCCAGAUUCACGCUCAUCAACAAGCUGUGGACAGUUUUAAUAUUAGUGUAAAUAUCCCAGAUAGUAAUAACGUGAUAAUAUCAAAGAAACGUGCUUUAAAGACUUUUAUAUAUUUCAUAUGCAUGAUAUUUUGUUACUUACCUUAUCUAUCUUAUUCACUGCUACAUGCAACCUCAGUUUUACGCUUAGAGGAAAAUUGGUCCUUUGCAGAGACUGUUGUGUUCCUGAACUCGUCUGUAAAUCCAUUUUUGUACUGUUGGUGUAAUCGUGAAAUCCGAACAUCAGCUGUAAAGUUAGUGCGAAAAAUGAUUUGUAAACAAACGGAAGUAGCUAGCGAGCUUGAAGUUUAA